GAUGGCGUAUAUACCAAAUUACAUUUGGGGGACUGCUGUAGCAGCAAAGGAUUAUUUAAUAUUAGCACCUAAAGCAGAAGCCAAAAUGACAGUACCCUUGUGGAAAUUAGCUGCAGCUUCAGGACCAUUUAUUAAGAUUGCUGCCUUAAGUGGUGCAACAGCAGUUAGUCUUGGUGCUUAUGGUUCUCAUAGACAGUAUCCAGAGGAAAACAAACAAGACCUAAAGCAAGUAUUUGAAACUGCAAGCAGGUAUCACUUCAUCCACACGUUAGCAAUGUUAGGAUUACCUCUUUGUAGAACACCUUAUUUGUCUGGAGCAUUCCUACUUUCUGGAAUAGUACUAUUCUGUGGAACUUGUUAUUAUUAUGCAUUUACGGGUGAUAACCAAUGGAACAAACUAACACCAAUAGGUGGAGUAUGCUUCAUAAUGGGAUGGUUAAGUAUGUGUAUUUAAAAUUUUGAGAAACAGGGGAAUGUGAUAUACGUGACGAAAAUAACGGGUCUCCUAGAAGCCAAGUUGCAUUUUGUAAUUACUGCAGUAUGUACAAAAAU